AUGGGCGACAUGGAGUCCUACAAGGUGAUGCUGAACGGGCCAGCGCCCUGGGGCUUCAGGCUGCAGGGAGGGAAGGAUUUCAGCAUGCCACUCUCCGUCUCCAGGCUGACGCCGGGUGGGAAGGCAGCCCAGGCCGGUGGGGGAGUGGGUGACUAGGGUGACUGGGUGCUGUACAUCGAUGGGGAGAGCACCAAUGCCAUGACACACAUCGAGGCCCAGAACAGGAUCCGUGCCUGCGGGGACAGGCUCUGCCUCACCCUGAGCAGAGCCCAGAACCAGCUGGGGAAGCCGCAGAAGGACUCACUCCCCUGCUCUGAACCCCUGAAAUAUAACUUCGCUCCCAGCACCGCCCUCAACAAAACAGCUCGGCCCUUUGGGGCCGGCUCGCCUCCGAACCCUCGGCCUGGGCUGGUGACGAAACCUGUGACGUACGCGCCCCUGGCGCCCGCCUGCACCCCCCAGCACAAUGGGUAUGUUGCUGUCCGUCCUGCUCCCGGAGGAUCGGGGGGAGCCUGCUGCCCAGCCCUGCUGCGCCUUGCAUGCCAGGCACCCGUGGGCAGCCCCUGCAGAAAAAAACGGGAGCCCCCCGGCAGCCCUGUGUGUGACCCUGUGAAGCUGCGGAUGUUAGAGGACAUUGAUGACUCGCAGCCCCCCAGCUGGACCUCCCAGUCCCGCUCCUUCCGCAAACUGGCCCGGAUGGUGGGCGCAGAGAGCA